UUGGCAGGGCAUUUGGCAGCCGGAGUAUUUCACCUGAUGUAGCAGCUUGAGUUAAUGGUUGAGUAGGCGUUGUGAGAAAAUUCUUCAAGCCAUGGGACUUUCAAAGACAACAAUUAUAAAACUAACAUUAAGCUUUCUUAAAUAUUUUACUAAUAUCAAACCUUUUGUAAUAUAGAUGUGACAAUGAGGACCAACUGACUGCAGAAUCAGCCUGUUCUUUACCACAAAGUAGAGGAUUCAGAACCGUGAAAGAAGAGAGGCAAUUGCAGGAUGAUUCCUCUUCAGUACAGACUGAUGAAAACCAUAGUCUUUUAACAUACAUGUGACAGUCAUAACGAGAUAUAUAAAGGAACUGUGAAGGAGAUGGAAUGGCCAGACACCACUUACUAACGUUCCGUCCUGUGCUGAUGAUGUCUUUUAAAGUGUGCGUUAUGACAUUGAGUGUGUGCACUGCAAUGAAGGACUCUGCAAUCCCUUAAAAUAACGGUCAGUUUUAAAGCAUAUGUGGUUCUGCUAGUUCAUGAAGUCCCUAUUGAAAAUAUUUCCAAUGUAUUUAGGGCCACGUUCUAUUCCAGUCAAGUGCUCUAGUUUUGAGAUUGAGUAAACGUUGGAUAGUCAAUCCAGCAAACAUUGUGCAGACCAGUAGUAUUGCUGUGUGCAGUUCAUUUUGCUCAUCUUACAUUUAAUUUGUAUCCAUUUGUGUCCACUUUUAAUGAUUCUUAUAAAAUGUUAUAACAUCAGUCUAAAAUAGUGUGGCGCUCAUGGAGGUAACAAUAUCGUUUUGCCAGUCGAUUUGGUUGACCUCUUACUGUACUUCCACCAAACCUAUUCACAUCUUGACAGUAGAAACCAAGAAAAGCUCCAGUAGGUAUGAUUGUCCAUUUCUUUCUUUAGGUUCAGUUAUCCAUAAGAAUUGAUGAUUAAUUUGGUACAUAUUUUAGUGAUCUUUCUAAAAAUGUACUUUCAAUAUGUGCACGGGACACUAGAGAGCCUAAGAAAUUAGUGUAAUUGCAUGGUAUCCAGUCUCCUGGAUAUACAGUAAUGUAUUCCAAGAACAUAGGCCUAACUUUUAAAUAUGAGUUUUCUAUUCAAAAUUAUUAUUCCUGAAUCUUCUAUUUCUGAUUUUUUCGUAAUAUGAUUAAUUUGAAUAUUUCCCUUUUAACAGAUAAGUCAGUAUUCAUACAAUCAGGCUUCCUGGUAUUCAGGUGAAGGUUCUCCUAUUGGCUCUGAAUCUGACCUUUCAGAAAGCGCUUCUCCACGGCGAGCCCCCACGCCCUGCCGGCGGCUGCAAGACUCCGUGGUGAGGGGCUGCUGCUCGCCCGAAAGGCGAGACGGUCGGCGCGGCGGGCCUCUUCCCCCUCCCAACCCAAAAUAUGCGUCAUCAUCCUGCGCCAGGAUCGGGCGGUCACGUGUCCCAUGUUUAUCUCGGUUCGGGGGGUCGCGCGCGCGACCUCGUCGCUCUGGGCCGCGCGCACCUGCUGUUGCUGCUGCCGCCGGCGGCGGCUCCUGAGCCGUGACUCCCCGCUGGGAAGCGAGCGAGCGGCCCCACGGGCAGGGGCGCGGCUGGGAGACGGGACCCUGCCCCGCCAGCUUACAAUGUCAUUACCGGCAAAGAGAUGCGGUAGACCCCCUGUAUUGUCCUGCUUGGAAAAGAAAAAGAGGAAGCAAAGUCUCGAUAGAAGAAGAGGGAAAACAAGAAUCUAUGUGGGAAAUCAUAUUGAUAGAUGGUUGACACUUAAGGAAAAAUUGGAUUUCAGAAAUGAUGCAGAGGUUGCAGGAUUUUUACUAGAUUUGUAUGACAACUGUGACCCAUUGUCAAAAGCAUCAAUAUGUUCCCUGCCUGAAGAUGUGAGAAGAAUUACAGUGAAAGGGGAAAGAGAGUUGCCAGAUGACACUUCUUUAAUAGCAGCGGAUGGAACAUAUGACAAUGAUGACCAGUUAUCUAAAGAAUCUAUUUGUUCUGGACCCGAAGAUGUAAGAAUCAUAACUGUGAAAGAAGAGAGGGAUUUGCCUGAUCACUGUUCAACAGAGACUGAUGACACAUGUACUUUCAGGUUUCCCAGCACAAACAUCAAGAUAACAUUCACAGCUCUGUCCAAUGAAAAGAGAGAAAAACAGGAGUCCCCAGAGUCUCCAGUGAAACCUGUGCAACCCCAGAUUUCUCCUUUAACAAUAAACAUUCCAGACAACAUGGCUCACCUGAUCAGCCCUCUCCCUUCUCCCACAGGAACUAUCAGCGCUGCAAAUUCCUGCCCAUCUAGCCCGCGUGGUGCAGGCUCUUCAGGGUACAAAAUGAGUCGUGUAAUACCAUCUGACCUACAUUUAAUGGCUGACAAUCCACAGUCAGAAAAUGACAAGGAAGCAUCCGGUGGUGAUAGCCCAAAGGAUGACUCAAAACCACCUUAUUCCUAUGCACAACUAAUAGUACAAGCAAUUACAAUGGCACCUGAUAAGCAGCUUACACUAAAUGGAAUUUAUACGCACAUAACUAAAAACUAUCCAUACUACAGAACAGCAGACAAGGGCUGGCAGAAUUCAAUACGCCACAAUCUCUCUCUGAAUCGUUAUUUCAUCAAAGUACCACGUUCCCAGGAAGAACCAGGCAAAGGCUCAUUCUGGAGGAUAGAUCCUGCCUCUGAAAGCAAAUUAAUAGAGCAGGCUUUUAGGAAAAGGCGGCCUAGGGGAGUACCUUGCUUUAGAACCCCUCUGGGACCACUCUCUUCUAGAAGUGCCCCAGCGUCGCCUAAUCAUUCUGGAGUGUUGUCUGCCCACUCCAGUGGCGUACAGACCCCAGAGAGUUUGUCAAGGGAAGGAUCUCCUGUCCCAAUGGAACCUGAGCCUAGUGCUAUCCAGCCAAAAUUAGCAGUAAUACAAGAAGCACGAUUUGCACAGAGUGCCCCAGGAUCACCUCUAUCUAGCCAACCUGUUUUAAUUACUGUACAACGGCAGCUACCACAAACUAUUAAACCCGUCACCUACACUGUUGCAACACCUGUGACAACAUCAACAUCCCAGCAGCCUGUAGUUCAGACAGUUCAUGUUGUUCACCAGAUACCAGCUGUGUCAGUCACAAAUGUGACUGGAUUAGCACCAGCAAACACUUACACGGUAGCUGGACAGGCAGUGGUUACACAAGCUGCAAUGGUAACCCAGCCCAAGGUAGAACCUCAAGAGAAUGGAGACCACAAGGAAGUAAAAGUUAAAGUGGAACCUAUACCUGCUAUUAGCCAUGCUACAAUAGGAGCUGCUAGUCGUAUCAUUCAGACAUCUCAGACCACGCCCUUACAGACAGUUACUAUAGUACAACAGGCACCUCUUGGUCAACACCAGCUACCAAUAAAAACUGUAACUCAGAAUGGAACACACAUAGUACCUAUCACCACAGCGAUACAAGGACAGGGCAACACUGCUGCUGCAAGUCCUUUGCAUAUGUUAGCAACCCAUGCAUCCGCAUCAGCAUCUCUUCCAACAAAACGCCAGAAUGGAGACCAGUCAGAACAACAAGAACUUAAACGUAUCAAAACAGAGGAUGGAGAAAGCAUAGUCAUAGCUGUUAAUGUGGACACCCCAUCUGUUGCAGUGAGUGAUCAAGGCAGCCAGAACUAGAAGCGUAGUGGAGUUUUUUCUUUUUUCUUCUUUUUUUUUUUUUUUUUUUUUUUGUUGUUGUGGGGGUGGGGGGAAUCAACUCCAUGGUGCCAAACGGAGACACUUAAAUAUAACACCUAAAACAUUGGAACAUGUUCUCAUGCAGUGGGGAAAAGGGCCCUGUGAUCAGACUUCAACUUUCAGCACUGAAAAAACAACACAGGUGGCCUUAAAACUCAGUAAUUUAAAAAAAUCAAACUGCAAAACAUCUUGUUCCAGAGGCUGUGACCCUGCUCCUCCCCACCCCCUACUGAACUAACUGUGUACACUGAGGAGAAAUCCAGUGUUGGGGAGGUCUGCAGCUUUAUAAAAUCUUUAUUGGAUUAUUUUAAGGACUGAUUAUUUCAGUGUAACGGCAGCAUGAUAAGCGCUUAGUGUGAACUGGUUUCAAACGAUUGUAUAUUCCUUAAAGGGAACAGAGGCAAGGAGCCAUUUCCUACAUCUUGGCAGCUAGCCUUUCAUAAUGACCUACCCAAUGCAGUUGUUGGUAGAUAUGCAGUAUUUUGUUGUUCACAUGUGGAAUUAGAAAUUUUUGAGGUGUAUUUUCAUUUCUUUGCAAAAUAAUGGGGUCUUUGACAUUUCAAAUCACUCCAUUUCUACUCCGGAAACUUUGGAAUCACAUAAUACUUUUCAUGUGAAAUUUUGUUUAGUAAAAAACUGAAUGUAGGGUUUUUUAACCAAUGGAAUGAUUUACUUUUGUCUGUCCUGUUAAAGUUCAGAUAAAGCUACUUUAUUACAUCUGCAAAUUUUCAUAUUUUAGCAGUUGCCUGAUAAAUUUAAUCAAAUUUUAUUACCAUGUGUAGUGAUCAAAUGCUUCUUCGGGCUUGCAUGUAACUGAUUAGAAAUUACAAUGUAAAUGAGCCGUUAACUGACGUAAAGAACUGCUAUGAAUUUGACCAGAGCUGCACUUACCUGUUUCUCUUUCUUGCUACCUUUUGCUGUUUGUUACUUUGUGUUGACUUUGACUAUUCCUGGCGCAUUUUUCCAGUCUAAAGUAAAACAAGAGUCUCGCUUAAUAUUGUGUAUGUUUAAGAUAAGACUGUUCUUCAUUUAGAAAAGAUAAUAUUCUUUAUCACAAGUCCUUUUAAAAAGAGAGUAAAAAUUAUCUUGUCAGAGGUAUAUUAAGUAUUUUUAAGCUUAAGCACCCAUCUAUAGAAAUUAAUCUGACCAAUUUAUCCAUAAAACUUUUGAUGUCAUACACUGACCCUCUGGGGUCUCCAUUAAGAGUAGCUGUUGUGGUUUUCUAACAGUGGCUACCAUAUUAUUAUAAUAAAAGUUGGGUUUUUUUUUUUAAAUGUGUGUUCUGCGGUUGAACAGUUUAAAAUGUAUUGGUAAUUAUUCACUUUAAUUGUGGUAAUAGAUUCCACCUUACAUUUCCAAAUUAAACUAAAAGUUUAGGAUGCUGUUCAGUCUUUAAUUCACAUAAUGUCUUGUUCCUUCUACAGUGAGGUGAGUGAAGGCUGGAGAGUGGGCUUAAACUUUGAAUUCCAGUUUGUUACUUUCUGUUGUUAUCAUGCAAUUAUUUAUAUAAAUAUUUGUUUUCCAUUUCAAAAAAGAAAAAUCUGUAUUUUCAUGAUGGACUGAAACGGCUUAUAUUUAGGCAGCUUUAGAAAACUCUAUUUACCUGAAGACCAAAUUGAGAAAUCUGUACUGAGUAUCAUGUUAAUCCACAAAAUGGAGCUGUUACAAUGUCAAUGCAGAUAAUACAUAUUAAAAAUUGUGAAAAACACUGUACACUAGCUGAGUUUAUAAGAGGCAUUUUUAAAAAAUCCAUGAUGUAAAACUCCAGAAUGAUAUUCAGUGUGUUAAUGGGAGUUUUAAAAAAAAAAUUGAGAACAAUAAGCAUCCCUUGAUAGUAAUCCGGUUUUUGUUAUUGGACACUUUAUAAUUUAUACACAGCCAUGUAGAUUUAAUUUAAAAUCAAGGCAGUAGUAGUUGGAUAUAAACCUACUGAUUAGAACUUGGUUUAUAUUCAGAAGUGAAUCUGUUCACAACUAGAAAUGAGUGAAUGAGUUAAAUCUUUUUAAUAAAUGUUAAAUUAUUCAAAAAAUACCACUAAAUUAGUCUAACAUUUACUCCCAAGUGUGUUUAUGAAGUGUUCAUGUAGGUCUACUGCUUGUCAGUUUAUACUGGCACUGCCAAUAUAGCUGCUAAUAGCAGAGCAAGUGGUGACUUGGUCCUGAAUGUUUAAGCAGAAGAAGGCUGUGCUGGCAAACUGUUCUUGAUCCUGCUAGUAUGGAACAGAUUUGGCCCUAUCUCUUUUAUACCCUGAAGGUCCUGCAAAUGGAAAUUUGGUAGCAGAUCUUGAUUAAAACCAUUUUGAGCUGCAUGGAGUUUGUCACAGGAAGUUGCCUUCAUUAAUGUAUGGGUUUCCAAGCAAUUUUUAAAAUUACUCAAGUAAAAAAUGCAUAACUUCUUCCACGGAUGCAGUACAGGAUUUAACUACUAAAAAUUCAAACCUAAAUGAAUUGACAGUCAGAUUAUUUUUAAAUUGAACUGUUCCUUCGGUAGUUUAAUAUAUUAUUCUCUCCUUAAUGUCAAACAGGUUUGGGGGUAGAAAGCACCUAGAUGAUACAAUGAUGCAUUUGGUGAGAUUCUGUAUUUCAACAGUGGUUCUCUUGAUAUGGUACUGAUGACCUUAUUGAGUCAGAGUAGAAUCUUACACCCACCUUGCUUUUGCUUUGACUGACCAAAAACUUCCCCAAAUAUGCCAUAAAUGUGAGGUUUUGGCCUCCCUCUAAUAUUGAUUGGUCUCUGAUCCAGUUGCCUCAAUGACUGUGAUGUACUGUAUUAUGCUAACUACCUUCCCUUGGAUUCCUUCCAGUGUCCAUCUCUCCUUUUUAACCCUGCUUUUAUGAAAAAGGCUGUGAAAGAGUCUAAUAUUAGCAACCCAGCUUGUAGUACUCUAAAUGGGAUUUGAUCAAAGCAUUUUAUAACUUCCCACCUUACUUAGAGAUUGUUUACAAUUGGCUAUAACUUUGCUGAUUCAGAUAUGGAAGAUUAAAGUGUUCACUAGCACCCA